AUGCUUGUACAGAUGCCAGAAACCGCAUCCGUUGGGUCUGACUUUCCUGUGGACAGUGCCCAGAAUUUAGCUGUGGACAGUGCCCAGAAUAGCCUCCAGAUCUACACGCUGAGCUCCGGUGAGCUUUUCUCCGUAGCUUUCAGGGUUAACAAAGGUGGCUGUACAUGCUCAGAGCUGGUACUAAAGAAGCAGUUAGACCGGGACAAGAAGCAGGAGAUUAGAUUAACUGCAACCAAUGGGGAUUCUCCACCCAGAUCUGGCAGAGGCCAGACAAUACGUUAUUCUGUACCCGAAGAGAAGAAAAGCGGGUCCCCAGCUGCUAAUAUUGCAAAGGAUUUGAAACUGGAUGUAGGGAAAUUGUCUGGUCGCAGUGCCCAACUGGUUUCUAAAAGCAGCAAGCAAUAUUGUGAGCUGAACACAAGCUCCGGGGAUGUGAUAAUAAAGAAGAACAUACACCGCGAGGAUCUGUGCGGACAGAGAGAUCCCUGUGUGCUUCAAUUCGAAAUUGUGUUGGAAAAUCCACUGCAGCUGUACCGAAAAGAGGUACAGAUCGAAGACCAUUUCCGUCUGGAUGUACAAACCCUGGACACUGACGGCAGUAAAUACGCGGAGCUGGUAUUAGAGAAACAAUUAGAUCGGGAGGAGCAGGCGCAGUUGAUGCUGAUUCUCACAGCUGCCGAUGGGGGCCUGCCACAGAGAACAGGCACAGCCCGAAUACGCGUUAAUGUGUUGGACAGCAACGAUAACUUCCCGCAGUUUAGUCAGUCGGUGUACAAGGUGCAGUUAAUGGAAAAUAGUCCUAAAGGUACUUUGGUCACUAAAGUUGAAGCCAGUGAUUUGGAUCAAGGUUCAAAUGCAGAAAUCACCUAUUCAUUCGGGCAAGUGCCUGACAAAGUGCUCAAGCUAUUCAAAUUAAAUCAGUUAUCUGGAGAAAUCACUGUUUUGGGUAUAAUUGACUAUGAAGAAAGAAGCAAUUAUGAGAUGAACAUCCAAGCCACAGAUGGCGGGGGUUUAUCUGCGCACUGCAAAGUCCUGAUGCAAAUCAAGGACAUGAAUGACAACGCCCCAGACGUGACGCUGACAUCCCUCACCAGCACCAUACCCGAGGACUCGUCCCCUGAGACAGUGGUGGCCCUGUUCAGUGUGAGCGACCGAGACUCCGGGAACAAUGGCAGAACGUUCUGCUCCAUGCAGGACAAUGUCCCAUUUGCUUUAAAAUCGACUCUGAAGGAUUAUUACGAGCUUGUUACACAAAAGCUCCUGGACCGAGAGAAAGUGCCUGAGUAUAACAUAACCAUCACAGCCACAGACCGGUGCACUCCGAGGCUCACCUCCGUGAGGGUCAUCCGAGUUCAGCUAUCAGAUAUUAAUGACAACCCCCCUGUAUUUAAUGAAAGUUCAUACGUCAUGUACCUGAAGGAGAACAACCCCCCGGGCCUGUUGAUUGGAACUGUCCGUGCUGCAGACCUAGACACAGAGCAGAAUGCCAAAGUGACGUAUUCGGCAUUGCCUGGCAACAUCGGUGACCUCCUCUUGUCCUCCUCCAUCUCCAUAAACUCCGAAAACGGGAAAGUGUACUCGCUGCAGUCUCUGGAUUAUGAGCAAAGGAGGGAUUUCCAGGUUACAGUGAGAGCUGCAGAUGGUGGGUUCCCGCCACUGAGCUCUGAAGUCAUUGUCCGAGUUGUGAUAAUUGACGAAAAUGACAACGCCCCCUUCAUUUUAUACCCUCUGCAGAACAGCAGUUCCCCCGCUAAUGACCUGGUUCCCAGAUCGGCGGAGGCGGGUUACCUGGUGACGAAGGUGGUGGCUGUGGAUGGAGAUUCCGGUCAGAAUUCUUGGCUUUCCUACCAGCUGCUCAAGGCCACAGACCCAAGUCUCUUCGCUGUGGGGCUCCAAACCGGGGAAGUAAAAACCAGCAGGCCUAUAACGAGCCCGGACUUUGUGAAACAGAAACUUGUCGUUGUGGUUAAUGACAAUGGAGAGCCGGCCAGAUCCACCACCUCGACGCUUAAUGUGCUUCUGGUGGAUGGGUUUUCAGACGCCUACUUGCAGUUACUGGAUGUACCAGAAGAGGAGGAGCAGCAGGACACAUUAACUCUGUAUCUAGUCAUUUCUUUGUCUUUCAUUUCAUUCCUUUUUCUAAUUUCUGUGGUAACAGUUAUCGCCAUCCGGCUGUACAAGACAAGGCAGUGCCGAGAUCAGUAUGUUCCAUCGUCCAGGAACUUUUAUAGUGACCGCAACUUCCCCACAAAUCCUGCGGAGACGAGCGGCACUGGGACUCUGCCUCAAUCUUAUUGUUAUGAGGUUUGCUUGACAACUGGGUCUGAUACCAGCGAAUUUAAAUUUCUCAGGCCGCUGGUACCAUCUCUACCCGCUAACCCCAGCGUUGCAUUAGGGUCCAUUUUUGACUCUCAGAUUAACUCUCAGCUAAAGAAGGAGAAAGAAUCGGUGAGAGAGUUUAUUGUUCAUCUUCUACACUUGCAUCAUGUUCAAGUUAAUGUAAUUCCACGUUCCCAGAUCGGCAAUGGCAGGCUACCUUGUGACAAGGUGGUGGCUGUAGAUGAAGAUUCUGGUCAGAAUUCUUGUCGUUCCCACCAGCUGCUGAAGGCCACGGACCCAGGUCUCUUCACUGUCGAACUCCAAAAUGGAGAAGGAAAAACCACGAUGCCAAUUACGGAGCGAGACUCCUUUAAGCAAAAACUAGAUAUCAUGGUUAAAGACAAUAUACACUUGCUGCCCCAAUUUGCCACUGCAACGCUAAAUAUAACUGCUAGUGGAUGGUUUUCAGAUGUGUAUCUGCAUUCAGCAACAUAA